AUUUCUGCCGCAUCCUCUGGUGUCCACUGCUCGCGUAGAGGGCUUCUUUAGAGUUUGCUUAGCGUGCGCUGCGAGUGCGUGUGGGAGUACCUGCAGCACAAGUGCCUUGCCGGGCUUCACAUGAGUCAUGACAAAUCAUAAGGAUAGAGCUUCACGGAAGAGGAAGAGAGCCGCCAUCGCGGCAUGUCGAGCACGGGCAGCAGCUGCAUUUUCACACCAUUCAAGGAAGGCGAAUUCGCCGGAGAGCAACAGAGAGCAACGCCAAAGCGCCGCCUGUACGCCAUGCUUGGACGACAGUGGUUUUGCCAGAGAGGAUGACGCAACGUCUGAAUACUGGGACAAUUUCGGCAUCGUCGAGGAGUCGCUGCCGGGCCUGAGUCUGGAGACAAGCGUCACAACUCAGCCAGAGGAGCCGAUCAUCACCGGAAGACGAGUUGUGUCGCUGGCCCAUUUCGUGAACGCUGUUCGUAGUCUCGACGACCACAGCUGUCCUAAGCUGACUGGACGUUUUGCACUCGUGAAAGAACGGAGACAAACGUAG